AUGCUUCGGAAAUUUUGGCUGCGCUGGCGCCGUGACUAUGUUACCUCUCUUCAGCAAGGACCCAAUUGGUCAAGGCCCAUGGCUAAUUUCAAAAUAGGAGAUUUGGUUAUACUAAAGAAGGGCCACCAAUCACCUCUGGACUGGCACUUAGGUAGGAUCAUUCAGCUACAACAGGGAGCUGAUGGACUGGUUCGAGUGGCUACUAUCAAAACAAGGGGCAGCACUAUGAAGCUGCCAAUUACGAAACUGGCAAUGCUACCUAUCCAAUAUGAACCUUAG